AUGCCUCUCCGUCCUCACAUCGGCCUCGGGUUUCCUGCUCACGCUUACCAAAAACGUCAUGUAGAACCUCACGAUCGCUCAACUGGGUAUCAGCCCAAAGUCCGAAUCACAGAUCGUUACCGCAUCAUUGGCUUCAUCAGCUCGGGUACCUAUGGACGGGUCUACAAGGCUGUUGGCCGCAAUGGCAAGCCUGUGGGUGAAUUCGCUAUCAAGAAGUUUAAGCCCGACAAGGAAGGUGAACAGAUCAGCUACACGGGCAUCUCUCAGAGUGCGAUCCGUGAGAUGAGUCUUUGCAGCGAACUUCACCACAUCAACGUUAUUCGUCUCUGCGAAAUCAUGCUUGAGGACAAGUGUAUCUUUAUGGUGUUUGAGUAUGCCGAGCACGAUCUAUUACAAAUCAUCCAUCAUCACACACAACAGCCACGACAUCCGAUUCCCCCGGCAACCAUCAAAAGUAUCAUGUUCCAACUCCUCAACGGAUGUCAGUACCUGCAUAUCAACUGGGUUCUUCACCGUGAUCUCAAACCCGCCAACAUCAUGGUCACUUCAUCAGGCGAAGUAAAGAUCGGAGAUUUGGGUCUAGCACGUCGUUUCGAUAAACCACUACACUCACUCUUUAGCGGUGAUAAAGUUGUCGUCACUAUCUGGUAUCGGGCUCCCGAACUCAUUCUCGGUUCAUACCACUACACGCCUGCCAUCGAUAUGUGGGCUGUUGGGUGUAUUUUCGCGGAGCUUCUCUCCUUGAGGCCGAUAUUUAAAGGAGAGGAAGCCAAAAUGGAUAGCAAGAAGACGGUUCCCUUUCAGCGCAACCAGAUGCAAAAGAUUAUUGAAAUCAUGGGCGUGCCAACAAAGGACAAAUGGCCUCUUUUAUCGACCAUGCCCGAAUACAACCAACUCAACACUCUCGCCAACUCCAUGGCAUCAUCUCACCACAAUCACCACAGCCAUCAUCAUCCUCAUCACCACCACGGCCACUACGGCUCCCGCAACCCACCGCCCCCUCCUCCAGGCGGCUCAAACCUCGAGAAGUGGUAUUACAGCACCAUCAACCACACCAGCGCCCCCGGCGGCACACCACCGCUUGCCUCUCUCGGCUCAGAAGGCUACAAGCUCCUCGCCGGUCUUCUGGAGUACGACCCCUCAAAACGUCUCACAGCUGCACAAGCUCUUCAGUCUCCCUUCUUCUCAACCGGCGACCGUGUCAGUGCGAAUUGUUUCGAGGGCUGUAAGAACGAGUAUCCUUGUCGGCGAGUGAGUCAAGACGAUAACGAUAUAAGGACGAGUAGCCUUCCGGGUACGAAGCGGAGUGGAUUACCGGACGACUCGUUGAUAAGGCCUGCCAAGAGGCAGAAGGAGUAG